AUGCUUCCGGCCACGGGACUGUUUCGGACCAUUAAUUGUCCCUUCUACGAGAAAGAUCUCUGUACGAGACCUUUCUGCCACUUUAAACACGCAAAAACAGUGAUUGCAGCACCUACCGUUCUGAAAUACAGUGCAACCCCGAAAAGCCUUCUGAACCAAACUGGAGGGCCGAACCAGUCGGAUGGAGGUGAACCAAUAGCUCGCAAGAAACCCAAGCUCGAAUACAUACCUGUGUCGACCGUUGCGCCAAAGUAUGUUCCGUCCAGUGUUGCUAAAUUGCAACCCACCAAAACAAAUGGUGAGAAGAUUACAGAUAGCGAAUCUUCCGAAACCAACGAUCAAUCCACCGCUGAACCCGAUAAAACCCUCACGCUGCAAGAGACUAUUUCCGAGGAAGUACCGCAGGAAGAAUCAGAACCUGUGCAUAGCGAAACAAAGGCAGCGAAGGAUGUUACGCAUAAAGAGAAGCACGAGAACGGGUUCUGUUCGUCGACUGUUGAUAAAAAACCACCAGAAGAAACUAAACAUCACAGCUCAUCAAAGAACCAUACUUCGACCGGUGAUUCUGUGCGAAAGAAAGAAUCCUCUCACCGGCACAGUUCCAGCUCACGCUCCAAGUCCUCAUCGUCCUUAUCCUCAUCUCAUGACAAAAAGCAUCGAACGUCUGAAUCAUCUAGUAGAGAAAAAUCUAGCAAAACCACCACUUCUAGUAGUACUAGCAGCAGUAGCAGUAAAAGCAAACACCGAGAUAAAGAAAGGGAAAGUUCGAAAAGUAACUCGUCGUCGAAGCACUCGUCAGAGCGAGAUCGUCACCGAAGUUCGUCGGAGAAGGAUCGAUCGCAUAGUAAAAGUAGCUCGUUGAAAAGCAGUAGUAGCAGCAGCAGUAGUAAAAGUAAAAGCAAAAACAAUAACAGCAAUAGUAAUGGUAGCAAUACUAAGAAAAAGACACACAAAUCGUCAUCGUCUUCCUCGACGACAAAACCCUCCAGCAAAGCUAAUUCGACGGAGAAAUCAACUGCAUCGGAGUCUAAAUCCACCCAACCACUGGAGGACGAAAUCUACCAAGAACUGAUCAACAAUCCACCAAGUGACAUCGAUUUCGACAGCGACGACGACGUAAUGCAGCAGUGUAAAAUGAUCUUCGAAGAGUAUGAACCGAACGUACAAAAGGUUGUGGAAGAGAAUGGAACCACCAAAUCCAACGGACAGGUCGAUCUGAUAGACAUGUUCGCUGAUAAAUAUUACGACGAUAAUCGGAAGAAGCGAGUUGCUUACGAGAAUGCUACCACAUCCAAACUGACGCCGGUGGUAGAAAAGAAAACUAAUCACGUACAAAACGCUAUCAAAUCGAUCUAUCUGCGACAAGAAAUCGUACGAAAGCAACAAGAAGAGUUGGCGGCGCGAAAACGAGCGGAGGAAGAAGUGAAACGGCAAAUCGAGGAGGAAACACGUAAAUCAAUGCCAAAAGCCGCCACCAUUCCGUCCCCCGUCAAUGGAUUGUCCGUUACACCGAUCAGCGCAAAUACCUUCUACAAUAAAUCUCCUGAAACCAGUCUUGGCACUCCAAAAAGUCGCUUUCCACCUGCGGUCAACGUGCUAGCCUUCCAAAAGGCGAAGGAAAAGAUCGAGCAACUGAAACGCAAUCAAUCCGCAUUCACACCAGCACAAACAGCACCGAAAACAGGAUCGCGCGUAGCGCAUGCUGGUUCGGUACUAGCGACUAAAGCGGCUGCUACACCAGCCGCUCAAGCUCCUCCCAUACUGGAACCAUCAUCGAGCAAAAUAUCGUACAACAUACGGAUGCAGUAUUAUGGCUUAAUGGUUAAGCACUGUCUGAACAUUUAUCCGACCUGCGAGGAUGCUUGGGAACGUGCACAAACAGAAGAGCUGGCAGUGAUGAAGAAAUGUAGUACGGCCAUGAUCUAUAAAAGCAGCGCACUGCUUACGAUCAAUAAGCUCCGUAAGGAAGCUUUAGAAACGGGAAACGAAGCAGCGGAUAAAAACAAGACAGUCUCGCACGAUGUCAUACUGGCGGGAAAAAUGGUUCACGAUAUUUCGUGGAGUGUAAAUAAGAAAUUAAAAACGGAUGUUAAAACAUCUGCCUACACGAUCGACAAUGCACCUGGCGCAGUGGCCUACAAGAUGAUACACGAGUGCAAGCUGACUGAGGAACAGCUUCGUGCGAAUGGAUUCCCUCGCGCUACUGACCUGGCUGGAAAAGCUAAGAUUCAUACACCCAAACCGUCUCGACCACCGAACGAAAGCGAGCGUUAUUGUUCCCGCUGUUCGAAGGUGUACAACCUGGAAACGUACGAUGAGCCGCAGAUUGAUGCGUGUAACUAUCACCCAAAGAGUACGUGCUACCGGCGCGGUUUUGCCGACAAUCUACACAACUGCUGCCAGCAACCGUCCGGUACACCGGGCUGCAUGUACGCGAAUUACCAUGUGUCAAGCUUCCUGGACUAUGACAAUCUUACCGGGUUCGUGAAAACGAUCGCACCGGCGGAAGAUUAUCAACCUACAAAGAAGGAUGUAUUUGCGCUCGAUUGUGAAAUGUGUUACACUACGGCCGGAAUAGAGCUGACACGUAUUACAGUGGUUGAUAUUAACGAACAGACAGUAUACGAUACGCUGGUUAAACCGUUGAAUCGAAUAGUUGAUUAUAAUACCAGAUUUUCUGGCAUUACGGAAGAGAUGUUGCGAAAAACUACCACAACGCUGUAUAACGUGCAAGCCGUGCUGCUGUCCAUGUUCAACUCGGAAACCAUUCUCAUUGGGCACAGUCUGGAAAGUGAUUUUAAAGCGCUCAAAUUGAUCCACGACGUGGUCGUCGAUACGUCGGUGCUAUACCCGCAUAAGAUGGGCCCACCGAAGAAACGUGCCCUCAAAACAUUGUGUAUAGAAAAUUUGAAGAAAAUUAUUCAAGAAAGUGAUGAUGGACAUGACAGUGCGGAAGAUUCGGUUGUCUGCAUUCAACUCAUCAAACACUACCUACGUAAUCGCAUUCUGUGA